AUGUUGGAUGUCGUCAUUGGGAAGCACUGGCGGUGCCUGGAGUCGCCUCCGCCGUGGAGAAUGGACGAGCCCCGGCUGCAAGGGCGAACCGCUGCGCCGUCAGACCGCUCUCUGCAUGAACAGUGUGACCACAGACUCGACACUCGCCUGACGCCGACUCAUAUUCUAAUGAAGCUUCAUUUCCUCGUGUCCCCAUCAAACAGCACUGACAUCAUCGUCAGCUCAUCCUCAGCAGCAUCCUGGCAGCCUUUCACACAAUGUGAUUCUACAAACGACAACAUACUGGAGGACGGUAUAAGUACAGUCAACAAGAGGCACUGCCGCACUUUUGACUCCAGGUCGUUAGAAUACCCUAAAAUCCACAAAUACACCAUGGAGUCCCCUUUCAGAAAGGCAGAGAGACAUGCAGCCAACCCAGAAGUGGCCUGGAACGCCCUGGGCCGCCAGCAGAGGGAGAAAAGGGAGGGAAUCGCAGAGGACCCCUCGGGAAGCCCGAUGGAGGCCUGA